UCAUGCCAGUGGCGCGAACAUGACUCAGAGUAAACCACGUUGCUUCUCUCAGUCUAGCGUUGUCUAUCAGGCAGUAAACAUCGUGUUCGAGCGUCUGCGUUUUGUGUUGGUUUUUCGUUCGCAUAUUUUUUUUUCGAAAUAAAAAAAAAUAAUUUUACUCACUUCGCAACUGGUCGUGUGUCAUUUUUUAUUCGUUACCUUCACGAAAAGUGUGGAUCUUCGACAUUCGGUUGUUGUGAGUGUGCAGUCUUGCUGGGAGUAGUAAGUGGAGUGGAGCAAUCGACUUGCGAUGUCUAGAAAUUGAGACACGUAAUGAUUAGUUCAAAAAGGAAUCUAAAGGAAGAAAAAGGAAGAAAUGGGAAAAGAGUUCAAAUUAGAUUUCACAAGAUCAAAUAACAACGGCAUGUGAUUGGAGAAAAGUGUGUGAAAGGAAAAUAAAUAAUUAGAAAACCGAAUAUUAUUGAAGAAUGAUUGUUUUAUAUCAUUCACACAGCGCAUUUACGGAACACAGACAAGUUGAUCGACGGAUGGGGAUUCACAUGAGAGGUCUGAAGAAAAGAAUCGAAUAACUAGGAAAAGUAAAAAUAAAGUGUGCAGUGUCUGCUGACUGUGAUCGACAAAGGAAUUGAAGAAAUCGGCUUUAGAGAGAGGUGUUAUUUGAGAAGCCUGAAGGAAUGAAAAUUUAUCAUCUGAUAAAACAAAUGCCAUUCUUCAGCAAAGUGGAAUAAAUUUCAAUGUGUAGCAAUACGCUUUUGAAGCAAGUGUUCUAUAAUGAGAUCAUCAAUAGGCGCGACGAAGAUUUUCACGUUUUAUUUCAUACUUCUGUAUUUAUUUUUGAAAGCGAAAAUGUGUGCCGGUUCGGUUCGGGCUAGUAGGAGCAUUAGUGACAGUGACAUUAAUUAUUAUGACAUCGAUGAGUCAUUUCUGUCGCCACCGGCGGGUGUAACUUCAGCUCCAUUGGAUUUGACACCGAGUUCUGUCGAUCUCGAAAGUUAUAGUGCAAAAAACCAUCGUCGCCGACAUGCGUCCAUAAUGCCAAAGACACACCACGUGCGCCACGAACAUCAUUAUGUUAAAAAUCGACACAUUACUCAAGCGCAGCAAGCACUUCGUGCAUACAAAAGCAGUUUGAGAGCUGUGAACUCUAGAAUGGACAACCAUGUAUAUACAAGUCAUCACCGACCACGCGGUCAUCACUCAAGAAUGCAUCAUCACUCCAACAGGAAUAUGUUGGGACAUCAAAACCGUGGCAAGAGUCGUCUUAACUCACCCGAUAAUUCGUCAUUCAUGCUAUCUAGGACGGGCGGAAUCGAGACGACGAAGCUAAGCCGUAGUAAUUUAAGUUCAUCCGAUAGCAUUCAUCAAAACAUGGUGCACAUCGAUCAUCAAGCAGCUAAUUCAUUCGAGUAUUUUUCUACGCCUGGAGUUGCUACAGAAAAAUCGUCAGCUAAGAGUAUUAUAAAUAGCAAUAAUUUAAAUAAUUUCAAGAAGGCUGGUUCCACUCCAUACAGCAAAACUUAUUUUGAAGAAUUGCUCAACAGCUAUAAAUCUCAUUCACCCUAUUAUAAGGAUCAUCAGCAAAAAGACUCAAGUCGAUUGAUCAAGUCCCUUUCAACAGGGAAAGGAAAGUGCAGUGGUAAAAAGUGUAAAAACGAGCCAACGGGAGAGGAAUCCGAAGAUUUCUACUACGACUAUGAAGACGAGGAAGAAGACGAUGAUGAGGAUGACGAUGAUGAUGUUGAUAAUGUUGAAGCACAAGGUGAUGCUGGAUAUAGCACAACUGCAAGUCCAAUCUUUCAUGAAUCCGAGAUCUCAAAAAGCAGUAAAGCGUCAUCGCAAAACACAAACAACCAUGGAAAUUCCCGGCAGCACGGCAGUGGGUAUGGAGAGAAACAAGAAAAUAAUAAAAAUGAUGCAUCUGAAUCAACGGCCGAAGAAAAACCAGCCAAAAAAGAAUCACACAAAACAGAUGGUUCGCGAUUGGCGUCGUUCCAUGCAGCCAAAAUCCGACGAGAGGGCUCCUGUUUCAUUCCAAAACCGAAAAUGAUUUUAGCAUCCAAUGAUCCAUCAAAGCAGUAUACUCCUCAUUGCACAAUCCUUCAUCGAUGUGGUGAUGAUGUUGGAUGUUGCCUACCGACGCAGACCUGUGCUGCAUCCAAAAAUUCUACGGUAGAGCUAUAUUUUUUCGUUCAAACAGUUGGAUCAAGGCCAUCAAUUGAAAGACUGAGUUUUAUCAAUCACACUGAAUGUGCGUGUUUUAGUCGCCAUGAUUCACCUCAUUGGAGAGUGCCUGGUACGUCAACAUCAUCGCCAAUGCUGCCUGUCCCAGUUUGUACUUGUCCAUCACUAUUUCAACGUGUAAUUGAUGAUGAGAACCGCUGCAUUUGCGAUUGUUCUUCCAGUGAUACGCAGUGCGAUCAAUUCAAGCGGGGUUUGGAGCACUUUUCUAUGGAAAAUAGAAGGUGUAUCAAAGAUGGACGUUGCAUAGAGCCAGUGUGCGAGUAUGGUCAAUACAAUAAAGCGAAAGGCAAGUGCCCUACGAGAGAAGAAAAAUUGAGUAUUGCUUUUAGAGGGUACUGAUAAUAAAUUAAGCCAAAAUUAAUGUUACAGUUACCAGUGUCGAUGGAUUUGUUUGUAUAGGACUGGAGUUGUGUAUCGAAUAUUUUUCUAACAUUAGUAUCCUAUGUUAUAUUUUUAAAGGCGCAAACAUGGUGGCAUGGAGGCAUAUCAAGACUGUGUAAACAUUGGUUAUAAAUUAAUAUU